GCUUCGUAAUUCCGUCAAAGGUGCUGAGGCAACCUGGUUACCCUUGCCGCAAUUCUUUCCGAACUCCGUAACGAUUCCUACCUUUCCGAAAGACAGAAAGCUAUCGAUAAUCCCCCCCAAACGGCCUAAUAACUAGGGACAUCGGCGAGAAGAACCACGAACAAUCGCAACCCCCAAACUAGCGCCCCCAAACCUCGCUCCAUGUGUGCUUUUGCGCGUCUAGCUUGAGAGGGAGUGCCAAGCGAGGAUCGACUUCUUUUCGCACCUCCGCUUCUUCUCUCCAUCGCCCUCAGGAUGCCGUCCAUCCUCAAUGAAGACGACAAGGAGACUGUCAAACGCUGCGUGCCCAAGCAGACAAACAAGAUCCAAGCUGUCGCCGUAGCGAGGCUUUACGUCGCCUAUCCCAACCGCUCAAAAUGGACCUAUACUGGAUUGCAAGGGGCCGUGGUCUUGGCCAACGACCUCGUAGGCAACACCUACUGGAUCAAGAUGGUGGAUAUCUCGCCGGCGAAUCGAGGCGUCGUCUGGGACCAGGAGAUCUAUGAGGCCUGGAAUUACAAUCAAGAUCGGAUCUUCUUCCAUACCUUCGAGCUCGAAGACUGUCUCGCCGGCCUGUCCUUUGUCGACGAGAAGGAAGCCAAGCAGUUCUUGAAGAAGAUGAACGACAGGGAGAAGAACGCAAGCAAAGCGACCAGGGGCACGCCCUUCGGCGGAGCAGCACCGACAAGCGGCGGCCAUCAUAAGCAUAGCUUGCUAGGAGGCAUCUUUGGCCAUAGGCAUUCAUCGGCUCCCACUCCGCCCGAGUCCCCGAGAACCAAUCUCCCUCCUCCGCCAAACUCGCACCACUCGAGACUGUCAUCGGGCAGCAUAAACGACGGUCACAGCCCGCCCAGGGCUGUGUCGGAGUUUGCCUUGCUGGAAGCCUUUGAUCCGUUCUGGAGGGAGCAUUUUGGAGAUGACUUAAAGUCAAAAGGCCUUACCGACGACUUCAUCCGGGAGAACCAGGACUUCAUCGUUACCUGGCUGAAAGAGGAGCAAGGACAGCAGCAGGAGCAGAGUAGACAAGCCGCUCCCCCUCCGCCGCCGCCAGCCCCCACGAAUGGGACAGGAGGAGGCAUGAGAGCUCCUCCACCACCCCCUCCUCCUGCUGGUGCAGCCCAGCGUCCGCAUGCCGAUGCCACCCUUAAUGCCCCUCCUCCCCCACCAGCUCCACGGAAAUCGGCAGCACCUCCACCUCCUCCGGCCCCGAGAAGGUCGGCCAAACUCGAGCCAAUAGUGCACCAGGAGAGCCCACCUCGACAGGAGUCGCCUCCCGAGCCUGCACGACCAAGAUACGCAGUGCCUCCACCUAUAUCCGAUGCCGGGAAAUAUGCUCGCACCGAAGCUCUGGGCAGAGCCGUCCCAGCUGUCCCGGCAGCUCCGGGGCCACCGCCGCCUCCGAGGCCACCGAAGACUCCGAUAGAGGACACCCCAGACGCACCAGCGCACAGGUUUGGAGUACCCCCGCCUUUCACUGGGCAGAGAAAUGUCCCGCCAGCACCUCCAAGCCGCGGAGCCGGUCCCCCUCCUCCACCGGCCCGAGAGCGCGCCCCCUCGCAUACCAUACCAGUCGGAAUGCCGCCUCCAUUACCGCCCAAGACGGCGCCCGCGCCGGUCGCGCCGCCCCUCCCGCCACCGAGCUCGCGGCCUCCACCAAUUCUGCCGACCAGGAACCAGGGGCCGCCACAACCGCCCCCGUUCCCAGCAUCAAACGCCCCGCUGCCACCCCCCCUCCCCUCCUCGAGCGCACCGCCCCCGCCUCCCCUCCCGUCCUCAGGCGCACUCCCCGCUCCACCACCUCUCCCACCACCAAACACCGGCGGCGGUCCACCCCCACCCCCGCCACCGCCACCGGGUGGUCCCGGCGGCAUCCCGCCUCCGCCGCCCCUGCUGCCGAACCGCGACUCGGGCUACUCGUCGGGCGUGCCGCCCCAGCUGGCGGCAGCCGCGCCGCCGGCGCGCUCGGCCGUGCUGGACGGCAUCCAAAAGGCCGGCGGCAUCGGGUCGCUCAAGAAGGUCGACCGCACGCAGAUCCGCGACCGCAGCAGCGCCCAGGUGGGCGGCGCUGCCGCCGCCGAUACGGGCCCGCACGGGAGUGGGCUGCCGCCCGCGGGGGUUGCACCUGGGGCUGGUGGCGGAGGUGGGAUGGCGGAUGCGCUGGCUGCGGCGUUGCAGAAGCGGAAGGAGAAGGUUAGCCGGAGUGGUGAGUUUUCCCCCUCUUUGUUCCCCCCUUUUGCGAUCGGCUUUUUUCCUCUUCUCUCGCUGUCUAUUUUCUGCUGCUGACCCGGUUUUUCAACUAGAUGACGAAGAUGAUGAUGAUGACUGGUGAGAUGGGAACUUGUUCGGGGAGGUUCGUUCGGGAGAGUUGUGUGUGUCUGGGUGGGAACGAUGAAGCGUGGAGACGUAACGAUUGGGAGGUUCUACGGGCUUGCCUGGCCGCGGUUUUGGAUUUUGGAGUGAUCACCUCUAUUAUUCGUCUUCAGUCGCCCUUCCAUCGAGAGCGGCUGUUACCUUUUUGGGGGAAUGGGUUUCUAUUACACGUCCGCUAUGCACCGGCAUGUGCAGUGGGACUUGCCGUGUAUUGGGAGUGCCCUGGCUGGCCUGACGUUACCGUUGAUGACCAGUGCCCGGUGCUUUAGGCCAGGAGAGAAGUAGCUUCUGGG